AUGGCAUUUGCCUCGAUAAAUUCCUCCGGCGCGCCCAUUGCCGCCAUUGAAGAGGCCUUCGCGACAGAACCCUCAUUGAAAAAGAGGGUGUACGAUGCGAUCGGCUCAACACCACAACAUACAUCGCUAUUCGAAGAUAUUGCGAAAUAUACAUCCAACCUGCUGGCCAGGACUGCCAACACGACCCUCCCUUCACGCCCUCCGGCCGACGGCCCUGCGGCUAAAAAGCGCAAGCUCCAGAAUGGGGACUCAGGAGAGACUGCGCAGGCGUCAGUCGAUCUGAAAGAUGCCAAUGCGCCAGUUCAAUUUUAUGUGAAAGAUGUUUCGUUCGCGACACCGCAGAGGAAGAAGCUUACUCUGGAGAUCACUGCUGGACACCCAUAUCUCCGGGCAAGAAACCAGGCUACGAAAGAGAUCGAGUUUGGCGUUUCGAUGGACAGAAUCAAGCAUGCGCUUUGUCUUCCUGUGCCAGAAAAGACACAGAAACAGUUCAAUUUCUGUAUCAUCCCUGAAUAUGCGGAUGGUAUCACACCCCCGCCGGAGGGAACAGCAACAUCCGAAGCCAUGGUGUUUACGAUAGCCGACGGGCCAGCCAAGGCAGCAUUCUCAGGAGACGGGCAGCAGAUCAGUCAAGCUCCAGGCGAAACCGCUGAUACACUACUUUGCAAGGUCCUGAACGACAAUAUGCGUCGUUCCAAUGUUGUGCGGCCCGAUGACAAACAGUUUGUCAGUGCCAUGCCCGAGGCGCACCGAAAAGGCGAGAAAGCAUACCACGUCAAGGCAUUCCGCGGCAGUAAAGAAGGCUAUCUCUUCCUUCUCUCCACUGGUAUUCUGUUUGCGUUCAAGAAGCCCCUUCUGUUCUUCUCGUUUGAUACGAUCGAUUCUGUCUCAUACACUUCUGUUCUGCAACGGACGUUCAAUCUGAACGUCAUGGCUCGCCCAACUGGGGGCUCCGAAGAAGACAAUCAGGAGUUUGAAUUCUCGAUGAUUGACCAAGCCGAUUUCUCUGGAAUCGAUACCUACAUCAAACGUCACGGUCUUCAAGAUGCCAGUCUUGCGGAUGCCCGUCGGGCCAAGGUCUAUAAUGUCAACAAGCCCACUGGGGAUGAGCAAGCUGCUACCGAGGCGACCGAGGGCGAUGAAAGUGAGCUUCAGAAAGCACAGCGGGAGCUUGAAGACCAAGAGGACGAAGAAGAAGAGGACUACGACCCCGGCAGUGAUGAUAGCGAAGGCAGCGGGUCUAGCACUGACGAAGACGAGGACGAGGAUGAGGAUGAAGCGCACGGCAGUGAUGAAGAUAUGGAUACGAACGAAGAGCCUGAAGAAGCCGGGGCUGCAGCGGAAUAA